AUGCCUUCUCAACUGAGCAAGUUUUUUCUCGAUGCGACAUGCAAGGAGUACGCGCAUCCUUGGACCGAUUCGUGUAUCAACACGACAGCCGGUCUCGGCUUGCAUGCUCUUCAAGAGAGUCUCAGGAUAUACUCCAUCGUUUAUUUAGUUACACUUUUAAUGAGAGGAAAAAUACCUUCUAAGGAAGAUGUCAGGAAAACAUUGUCUGGUAUUCUACAGUCAACAGCUUUUCUCUCGUGGAGUGCCUUUUCUUAUUCUAUGUUCAUUUGCUUCCUGAGACGAAUACUGGGAAGAUUCAACCUUCUGACAGUAUCCUUUGUUCCAUCCUUUUUAUCUAGUCUAACUGCUAUUCUGAUUGAAAGACCAUCUCGACGUACUAUGCUGUGUUUAUAUGUAUCUAACAUUGCUACAGAAACAUUAUUCAGAAUGGGAGAAGUCAGGGGAUAUUAUUCUUCCAUUCCAAGGGGAGAUACGUAUAUUUUUGCUUUGAGUAUGGCAUUGCUACUUUAUUUUUUCCGUUCAAAAGCAAUUAAACAGGACUCCAUGUACAGGAUACUUAGAAUUAUUGUUGGAAAAUACGAGGAGAAAGAAAACAGCACCCAAUCGUCCACAUUAAUGUGCUCUGCUGACACAAGUGAUGUAGAGAGUUGUAAAAAACAGCGUUCUGUGACUAAAAGAUCUGAUGAAAAAGAUAUAUUCCAAAAGUCACUUGCGGUUUAUAAAAGGCUUAUUGAAACACUAAAGAAUCUGGGAAAACAUAUGUCUUGUCCACACCCUCAUAGUUGUGUUCACUAUACAUUAACAGGUGGUGUAAAACUUUUUAGUUAUGGAGUUAGUGCUCAGUUAGCGCUCAAUCUGGUCUUAAAAAUGAGAAAGUUACUUAGAACUCCUCAGUUAGUUAAAUCUGUAAUUUUUAAGAAAGGCAACCUCAAUUUGGCUGUAUUCUUAGGUGGUUUCGCAGGAAUUUAUAGGUUAGCGUCUUGUUCAUUAAGGAGACUCUUUCAGAAAGAUUCAUCGUAUUAUGCAUUUCCAGCUGGAUUCAUAGGUGGUCUAGCAUUUAUGUUUUACGGUAGUAAUACCAUAGCUUUAUACUUUAUGUGGAAAGCAUUGCAGUUACUGUGGAACGAUCUUGUGGAAAAGCAAAUAGUACCUGAGGUGAAAUGGUUUGUAAUUGUUUUGUACUGCUUUAGCACAGCAUUGCUCUUCCAUGUAGCAAUUGUGGAACCACAAAAUUUACGACCGUCUUAUUGGAAAUUUUUGUGCAAUAUAUCUGGUGAAAGAAUAGCAGCUAUGUAUCGACCACCAUUAGAUAUAUUUGGUUUAGAAACUAGUAAACAUCUUGCCGAGGUGCUUAGGAAGACUAAUACCAGUAAUAAGAGAGACUAUUUUUUUUAA